AUGGAAGAGUCACCCGAACAGCUCAUGAGCCAGGCAUUGCUGGAGAAGCUGGAACCUCUCAUUCACACCAUUGAAUCACAACUCAGGGACCUUGGACAGGGUCAAGUUAUUCUUCAAGGCAAUGUUGCCCAACUCUCCUCGGAAAUAAAUAUGACGCAGGCCGAGUUGGACAAGGUUCAUGAUACUUUUGCCAGGCUACCACAUUAUAUCGCCAAGCUGACAGCCAUGAAGAACACCAUCGCAACGGUCUCGGUUAUGUCGAGGAAGCUGAAGCGCAGGGCAGAGCAGGUUGCCAUUGGACGAGAGAAGCAGAACAACAAGGCACAGGCGGCCAAGGCACGCGAGCAGGCUUACGAUCAGACCAUUGCGGCGGUGCAAUUAAGGACAUCAGGAUCAACUGCAUCCGCGUCAACUGAACCUCAGAUGCAAAGUAGUUCUGGGGAAGGAGCAGCAGGGACAGCGAGAGGAGCCUCGAUCAAUCAGGCACUUCCCCCGUUGUCACCGCAGAACUCUUCCACGAUUUCAAUGCCAUCGAUCCGCCUUCCGUUCCCACUGCCUGCCAAGCCAGCUUUUCCCAUAGUGUCAACCUCACGAUUAUCCAGUGGUACAGGAUCUCCGCCGCCGUCCUCAUCACAGAGGCUCUCGCCCAUGCUUUCUGGACGGGGGGUUGAGACGUCGACAGUAACAUCAACAGGAGAACUUGGUCCAGAGCAAGCAAUUGAGCAAGCAGAUAGCAACAGUAACAGCCCACAGCAGCCCUUGGUGGAUCGAUUCCCACAGAUAUCGUCGACGACAGACGAUUCCAUUAAGGCAGUAGGGUCAUCGAUGGAGGUGGAGGUGAUGCGGUUGCGGCGAAAAAAGAAGGCAGGAACAAAGUCAAGCGCGAGCAGCGUUGCAAGUACGGGAACGACUGGAUCCAAGAAGGGUCAGACAGGCAAGAGUGUCAAAGCCGGCCCAGGGACGCCACGCGCCUCGUCUCCCUCACAGAUCUAA